UUCCCGAACUCCAGCUGGGAAAACCUAAGGACGAAUAACGAGAUCUUACAUAGCUUCUUUGUUGAUGUGAAAUGGUUUGAAGUGAUUCCGUAUUCUGCCCAAUCGUCGCCGUUGAACGUUGGUUGCUCUCCAAAAUCUUUAAAACACUUGAAAUGGCUUACGAUGCGGUACGACUUUCAGUCUUACAGGAAAACUUGACUAGGCAGACUACACUUUGGAUGAUUCGUUCUGGAAUGAGGAGAGCCCAGUCGGUGAGGUUGAGAGAUUGCUACGUGAAUACAGGCAGAACCAGGACAUGGUGCGAGGCAUCGGCACUCAUUUCUAUCAGAUCAUUUACCCAGUUCAGCUGCGACACCACGAGAAGAUGGGAAUUUCAACCCGGGAGAUAGGAGCGCCGAAGUUUCCCCAGCGUGGUUAUGGCGAAGGGACAGGUUACCCAGGCCCACCCCGGGGGCGAGUAAGGACGGGGAAGCACUUCCAUCGGACCUCCCUGCUCAUUAAGGCCUUUAACCACAAGUUCCGCCUUGACCUUGAACUUAAUACGCAGCUGUUGGCCCCAAAUUUGGUGCAGAAACAUUAUCUACCUAACGGAGCGGAACAAGUUUCGAAGCAGGAGAUCGAGCACUGUUACUAUCACGGAACUGUCAAGGAUUACCCUGGAGCUACCGCCGCCUUCCACACUUGUAAUGGAGUCAGUGGGGUAAUUCACGUUGGUAACGAAACCUUUGUUAUCCACCCGUUCUACGGAGGCGACCUAUCGCAGAAACAUCCUCACGUGAUUUUUGAGGCUCGUACGAAGACUAAUAAAGGCUGUGCUAACUCGGGAAACUUCGAAUGGAGAAUGAACAGCUUCAGACGCCAGAAACAUAUUUCUGGAAUGGCCGAAGGGACGAAGGCCAACGCUUCGGGUUCCAGAUAUCGACGGAGUGUCCAGAUAGGCCCCAAAUUCCGGUGGACUCUCAGGAAGGGCGCAAGAGUCCGUAGGGACGUCAAAGAAGGAAGCAGAAACCUAAGGGACCGAGGGGAGUACGCUCGGUACCGCAGAGACGUCAGAGAUGUCAUCAAAUUCAUUGAAACAGCACUGGUCAUCGACAAGGCUAUGUUUGAGAAAAGAAAUGGCAGUUCGAGGAUGGAUGUCGUCCAUGAUGCUAUCCAAGUUGCUAAUAUUGCAGAUCUGUACUUUCGAACACUAAAUACACGUGUAUCUGUGGUGUACAUCGAGACAUGGCAAGGUACAAACCAAGCCCCCGUUGAAAAGAAUCAAGACAUCAUUCGCUCCUUGCUCAACUUCAACGACUACACCUCCAGAAAACUAUAUAAAGUGGACAAAGACACCACACAACUGCUUACUGGUGAGGUAUUUCAGGGAGGGGAGACAGGCAUGGCUGUCCCAGAAACUGUAUGCACUACUAAAUCUGUUGGCAUCAAUGUCGACAUAAACACAUAUGAACCGCAUCUUCUUGCUGGAACCAUGGCCCAUAUGAUUGGACACAACAUUGGUAUGGGACAUGAUGAUGGAAGAGAAGAGUGCUUCUGCAGAGACUGGCAUGGUUGCAUCAUGGCGAGGUCCAUUGUUGGUUUGGAGAAUGUUCAACCAUAUAAAUUUUCAGAGUGCAGUCGUUCAGAUUAUGUCGAUGCCUUGAGGAUAGGGCACGGAAUCUGCCUUAUGAAUAAACCCAAUGAGUUGGUAAUGCGACGGACAUGCGGGAACAGUAUAGUUGAGGAAGGUGAGGACUGUGAUUGUGGUACUAUUGAUGAGUGUCAUGACAAGGAUCCGUGCUGUGACCCUAUCACUUGUAAACUGACCACAGAAGCUGAGUGUGCUUCUGGACCAUGUUGCAGUGACUGCAAGUUACGUCCUCGUGGAGUAAUAUGCCGAGAUGCAGUCAAUGAAUGUGAUUUACCAGAACACUGUUCAGGAGAAGAUGGAAAUUGUCCAGUGGACAUUUAUAAGAAGAAUGGAAAUCCAUGUGGAGGAAACACAGGUUAUUGUUUCAACGGUAUCUGCCCCACAGUCAAUAUUCAGUGUGGAGUAGUCUGGGGAUAUGGUGGGAUUGCAGGUGACAAGCAGUGUUUUGACCAGUUCAACUCAAAAGGUUCAAUAAAUGGACACUGUGGUAUAGAUGACAAUGGACAAUAUAUCAAGUGUGAUCCAGAGAAUGUACGCUGUGGAUCUCUGCAAUGUAAACUGGGAAAUAGGUAUCCAUUAAAUGGAAAGGAUCAGCUUUACUCAACAACAAUAAUUUCAAUCAAAGGAGAAGAAUAUGAAUGCAAACAUGCUACCUCUAGGUCAACGGGCGGGACGAAAGAUUCAUCUGGAAAUCGAGACAUGGGACUGGUUAGAGAUGGUACACCUUGUGGAGACAAUUUGAUCUGUGUUAAUCAAACUUGUACCAGUAUCUUCCCACAUAUUGACCAAGGGAAGUGCCCAAGCAACCACAAUAACCUGGAGUGUUCUGGACAUGGCGUAUGCUCAAAUGUGAACAAAUGCUACUGUGAGAUGGGGUGGAGUGGUCCAGAUUGUUCCAUCCAGAUAGAAAUGACUUUGCCACCUGAGCAUACAACUGCCAGAUCAGCUGACAUGCAGACCACGAAGGAGGGAACAAAAGUUACGAAGAAAGAAACCCCCUACGAGAGCUACCAUAGUACAAACACAGUGUUCCUUGUUGGAAUGCUGAUGUUGGUGGUAGGGGGGGUUUUCAUAGUUUUUGCUCUGAUGGCUCUCUGCUACAGGUCAGUCGUAGUACACAAAAACUUCUCCCUCUGCCUCAGAAGGAAGAGCACAGUGCCAAAAUAUGACUCGCCGUAUGUGAAAAAGCCCAUGCCGAAGAAGUAUCCUGGUAAGGGGCCUAACCAUAACCCAGAGGAGGCUGCCAUGGAAAGUGUGAACAAGAUUCUAACAUUUGGAAGCAUGCCUUCUUAUAGUCGUGGAGACUCGCAGCGGGUGCUGUUCCGCCCUGUGAACCAUAUGACAGCUGGCAGUCUCAACACACGCUUCCAGGAACAUAAGAUGCAGCAGUUGAAGCGAAUGGGAGUUGGGUCUGGAAGUGAGGAAGAUGCCACACAUUCAGGUGAGGAAGAAACAGUUUCAUUCAUCGAUCUUCCGCCAAAUAAUUUGUCAAAACUUCCAGAGAAGGGAAUUUUAAAGAAAUCAGGGCCAUACGGAACUGUGAUGGGAGACGCGUGCAAAGAAAAAUGGUCAGAAGACUCACAAUCAGAUAACCAGGAAAUCCUCUCCCAGUCUGACAACAAUCUGGGUCCAGACAUGAUGGGAGGUGGGGGAGGAGCAAUCUCAGAGGUAGAACGAACGCUCAAGAGCCUCAAUGGCUACCAUGAAGACAUUUUAGAGGCAUUACGUAAUGCUGCAUCACAUAGAGGGGCUGCCAUGCCUUCCAGUAGCAGUAGUCUCCUCAGUGAAGAGAUCCUUCGUAAAUCUCUAGCUGAGUGCAGUAGUGGAGGCAGCUACAGUGAUUACAAACGCUCUGGGAGUCAAGAGAAAGUGUGUGAUGGACCACAGACACAUACAGUCCUGGUUGAAGGAACAGGGUCAUUACUUCACCACCAUGGUGCUCAGCAAGAGGAAGAUGAUGAUGAUGAAGUGCCUCCAUCUUGUGGUCCAAUACGCAUCCGCAACUUGGAGGACCUCAUUCGUCAACUGGAACACCACUCUGCCCGUCACAUGAGUCCAAGUGGCUCUGAAGACAUCCGUAUGUCUGAAACAGAAGCAGAUAGACAUUAUCGCCUUGAAUCAGCAGCCUGCAGCGAAUCACAGAGCCGAUGCCGAGGUCGGGAGGAGGAGCCGAGAUUUGUGUAUGGGAGGUACCGACAUCCCACUGGUCGACACCCACCUGGUUACCAUCAUCACCAUCUGCAGGAAGAAGAGGGAAUCUACGAGACCGCCGACCAUGACAGAGGUGGGGACCAGCUGUGUGGUGACACACCAGACAGUGAAAGUGAUGAAUUUAUUCAAGCUCAACAACAGUUAGUCCGGUCGGCGAGUGAGGAAGCCCUUCCGGUGACUGCCAAGCACAGGUCAUCUUCAUAUGAGCGUGGUGGAGUGGUUCAUCACACGCGCCAUCACUCACAUCACAGGGCCAGUCCACGGCAGCAGCAGCAAGAUAAACCCUCUAUGGCAUCAACAUCAAGUGUGGUGUCAGGGGGAGGGGCAGUAAAGCGUGAGUACUACCCCUCCCCUCCGCCCUCAGAAAGUGAAGACGAAUCUUCACCAGAUUCUCCCAGUCCCUCAUCAUCAGCAGCCCCUGCCAUGACUUCUGCUGCUGGCUCCCAAUCCACAGAACACCUGAGGCGUUCGGCCAGCGAAGAUUCGGUCGACGAAGACAACGAUUCGUCCAGGGAAACAGCUGCUUCAUCUAGUGUUUCAGGGACAGAGCAGACCGCCCUUCUACGCCCUAAACGUUAUCCAGAAUAUAAACACUGAUCAUGGAGUAUCCGUAGGUAGAAAAUUUUUUUUAAACACACACAUCGUGCUAGUUAUUAAUAGCUGCGCAAAUUCAUCUGUUCGGAACACAGGUAUCCAGUUUGUUGUCAUCUUGAGUGCUGUUUGUUUGAGUGAUCAUAUAUGGAUGAUUUAUUGUCAUUUCAUAAAUUGUGGUGCUGUCCAAUGCAAUUUUAAUCAUCCCAUGUUCUAUCCAGGGUACAAACACUCAUUACAAAUGGCUCACAAGGAAUGUAUUUUCCAUCAUUUCAUAUUUCCCCACACUAUUCUAGUUAGCUGCAUGAGAGGAGGAUUAUAAGGUAUGAACCUGUGCAGACAACAGCUUAUACAGUGAAACCUCAAUGCUCGUUUUUGACGGGGGAGAGAAAUAAUUUGUGGGCCAGGACUAAGAUUUUUGAACGAUUGAUGAGAUAAAACGACAGUUCGAGGAACGAUAGAAGCGAGAAAAUGUAACAUUAUUUUAUAUGGGACGUAUCAGGGACCGAACAAAACAGACGAUGCAUUCAGGGAACGAUGGAUAGAGGUUUCACUGUAGAUAAGGAAAGUACUCUUCAGUUUACUAUGUGUUACACUUCUCAAAUGAAACACACCAGCCUUUCCAACAUUCCACAUCCCAAAACAAAAUGCAUUUCAGCGAGCUCAUUAAAAGGCAAGACUCCCAAGUGGUAUUUGUGUAUAUUUUCAUCUACAGGGCUUGAGAAGUGUACAUUGGGUACAGAAUACAUUUGAAAUACGAGUCUAAGAUGAAGAUGAUGCUGUUAUAAGUCUUAAGCAUAUUGAUAAGAAAUGUAUUUUUUGGCCCUUCUGUGUGCUGUGCCAGCUGACUGACUGCUACAGACCAGGCUGAGCACUACAAAAACAAAGUGGUCACAAUUAGAAUGAUGUGUGCACAAAUAUACCAAAUGACCAUCACAAUAACUAUAUCUGUCAGGGAGUAAGCAUAUUGCAGUGUACUUAAUUAUCUGUUAUUUGUAAUUUCUGUAACAUUAAGUUACAGUUAUCUAAGAAAUGUAAUGGCUUGCUAUGAGUUGUACCCUGAAUGAUUGUUACACUUACAGCAUGUAGUAUUAAUUUUUUAUCAAAUAAUUGUUUAUUUCCAUGAAUCAUAAAUAAUUGCAGUCAUUUAUUAGCAAAGUAAAAGCAAAAUGUGUUAUAUUUGUGAAGUCCAUGGAAUGAAGCUUUCAGCUGAUCCAUAGGUUUUAAGAGUAAAAGUACAGUUGCAUGCAGUGUAGGCAUCUACGGGGAAAGGAGAUAUAGCUCUUACUCAUUCUUGAUCUCAGCCUGCCUGCCCUAUAUAAAGCCUACAGAACUUGCCCUAUCUCAUACCCUCCUUGAAAAUGGCAACUGCAUGUUUUUCCCAAAAUAUUGGUUAACAACACGGCUCUCACGUGAAAGCCAAAGUCACACUGCCAAACCGUUAAUCCAAGAGCAUCUAUGGCUCAUCUUUAUAAUAGCUUAAAUCCCAUAUACUCAUUCAGUAAAAAGUAAGUUAUGUGUGAUGAAUUUUUGUCAUGUGGCUGAAAAAUAAAUUUUUGAGACUUACAUAAAGCAGGGGAAGGAAUGGGGACAUACAGCAGGCCUGUUUGUAAAGGUUGAAAGUAUGCCAAAAUGUGUAAGAAAUAUUCAUCUGUGUUAAAUGAUAAAAAUAAAAAAUUCAAAACCCUGAUGAUGGAGACGGAUUGUUCCUGAAACGUUGUUAUCUCCGUGUAACCAACUGAUGUGUCCAGUUGCCCGAGAAGAUUUUAUCGAGUUCAGUCGCUGCCAAAGCUUCAAAUCACAUGAAAGAAAAAUAUUUUUAUUGAUCGCCCCUGCUACAAUCUGUCUAAAAGAAGCCAUGGCUACCAUUUAACACCUUGACAAUGAUACACACAGUGUGGUACAACUUGAAAAGCAAAGCACCAUUUUGUAACGUCUUCUGAGAAAAAUUGCAUUUAAUGCAGCCAAAUAUCUUCAGUCACCAGAUGACGUUCCCUUCCAUGGAAAAUAAAGCUUCGUAAAUCUGAGAGCUGGGAUGCCAUGAAGUUCAUCUCCAAAUAAUGCAAAUUCCAUGAAAAUCAGCUGCUACCUGCCUUGUAUUAUUGUGAGCCUAGCAGAAAAACAUAUAUUUUUUUAUAAAAUAUAGUAGUUGCAGAGUUCAUUCUACCCAGAUUAUAUUGGUAAUGGUACCAAAUUUUUUAACUAAGACUAACAGCACCAUCAUUCAAGGUACACUGUGUGCUUGCCAUAAUUUCUGUGCAUUUUUUAUGAAUUAUGUUUUAUUAUACAUUAUGGUUGAUGUUUUUGAUCUUUCGAAGAGUUACAGAUCUGUUAACAUAUUCCUCAUAUAUUUUCUCCUUAUUCACAAAUCAAAAUGGUAGUAAUGAGUUGGAAUCCCAUUAUUGAAGUAGUCACGCACUUCAUAUUUUUUGCUUGUAUUGCUAAAAUCUUGUUUUCUAUUUCUUACAAUUUUUAAACUACCGUGUAUAACAUAACAAAGUUUUAUGACAAAAUCAAUAAGACAGUAUAGCUAUGGAACACAGAUUUUAGUAAGAAAGCAAUGCAAUACACCAUCACAUAAAACUUACUUCCCUAAACAAGACUGAAAUAGAAUAAAAGUCAUCACCACUCAGCCCCCUCAUUAAAUUGAUUAUGGCCAAAUACCAUUAUAAAAAUAACAAAUCAUCAUAAUCCAUCACUGGUAACUUUUACAGUUUAUAGAUUGUCCUUAUUAGUUGCAUCUCAGUGUCGUUUGAAAUCAAGUGAGGCCUAAAUAUGGAAGUGUGAGCAUCGAAGAAUGACAGAAAGCGUGUGCCAACUUGGUUGUUUCUAUAUAGAAAAAAACUAUUGAAAGUGAACUUAAAUAAAAUAAUAUUGUUGAUCAAUAUUUCAGUGACAUGAAAGUUAACUCCAUACUAAAAAAAAUGCUCAGUUACUUUAAACUAAUAUGUAAGUUAAAAUGUACAUAUGAGCGUUGAGUGUAAGUGUAUACCAAGAGAGAACAGUGUUUUUUUAUUAUUACUAUUAUUUAUGAGAUUAUGAUAUGAACUUGUAUGUGGUCUUACUAGAGAUCUCUCCAGAAUAAAUUAGCAUGUGAGAGAAUAUAGCUUCCUUACAGGUUAGAAGCAGACAGAAAGGGCAGGAAAAAUAAGAAGUUGGUUUUGUUUCAGCAGGUAACAAAGGAGUUGAUGAAUGUAAACAAAAAAUAGCCUUCAUUCAGAAGAACUAUACCACUCUUGAAAGUGUUAUUGAAAAGUAGUUGACAUUAUUCAUUAAGUAACACUCUGUGGAUUUUUACAUUACAGCAUUUUAAGAUUGAUACCAAAACAAUGAUACACAUAAUAAAAGAGUCUUUUUCACUUGAAUUUAAAAUAUAUGAAAAAUCUCUGCCAUUCGAUAAGUCCAUCUACUUCAGAUGUCAGUUUGUAAAUUACUUGUUGCAAAUUUCCCCCAUUGCUGUGUAGUUCUUAAUGUUUUGAAACCAUGGCUGUUUUAUCUUGUUUAAUUUUAACGUGAUCGUGCCAAAUGGAAACGACGGUCUCCCUCUUCAAACCCCGAGUCAAUCCUUUCUAUGUUUCUAUUUCUUUUUUCUGGAUGCUAAAUAAACUGUGACAAUUAAUGGGAUACUUUAUGAAUACAAGGGGUAAUAAAAACCAGUGUGAAAUAUUUGCUCAUUAAAAUGAACUGGUAUCUGCAGAAUGGUUUGAAAAGAUAAGUUAUUGAGCACACUUUGCAUUCUCAAAUGUUUCAUGAUUUCAUUACAAAUUUAUUUCAUUAAGGGUAACGCCUGCGUUUCUCUGUUCAGAUUAACGUUUACAGUACAUGAUUACAUAAGUAAAACUUGUCCUUAAAUUAACCUUAACCCAGUGGAGUGUAAUAUAUCAGGCUGUACUCAUGGGCAGCUGUAAUGUAAAUGUAAGUUACACCACAAACAGAGAUCAUGUUCUUGUUAACUUUUAGUGGCUGUGUGGCACAGCGUACACUCAGUCCAGAUGCCCAUGUAUUACAGUGGCAUAAUGCCCAUUAAAUCCUAGAGUUAAUGUCCAGCCAGCAAGUGUGUGGUGCAGGAUCUUAAACUCCCUGUUUGCAUAUGAUAAAGGUUAAAGCAUCGCAUUUGUUACCUGCUCUGACCCUGCCAUUGAAAUGGAUGUUCGAUGCAAGUAGCAUGGCAUUUAAAGGAAACUCUAAUGGGUUGAGGGUCCAUUGCUAAAAAAAAUGCAAUAACUUAUUUUACUUUACCGUCUUUUGCCAGACAGUCCUAAUACAUUCAACACUGAACCUUUAACAGUUUUCAUAUGACUUCAUGUAAAGAUGUUAUUUAAAGAAAAAUCAGUAUCUGAAUUCUGAAUCAGGCAUAGAAUAAAAGUUGUAUAUUAAAUUAUAUCUGUUUCAUUUAUUUGUAAUGUAAUAUCACAAUAUUGUAUCAUUUAAAUAAUGGAAAGAGAUUUUCAGCUGUGCCAGUGUUGGAUGAGGUAGGAUUUGCAAGCUGCCUCCUGUUUCCAGUGAGUAACAAACCAUUCUGUUUUUAUUGUGUCUCAUCUCACUGUAUAAAGUGAAACACGUGUUCUUCAAAACCACAUUUAUUGGGUUAUUAAAUUGCAUGUUCAAAUUUAUAAUUAAUGGCUGUUAUUCCAGAAAGUUUUGCAAGAAACUGAAUUCUACAGAUUUUAAGUUUUGACAAUGAUCGUACUUAACAUUGAUUCUGUAUUUUUUGGGUUCUGGUACUGUGUAGAAGUGAGCUGUGUUGCCAACACCCUACUUUUACACAGUGUAAGCACAAAGAAGGCAGGAACAACAUUAAGAAUUCUACUGGACACAAAUUUUCAGUCUGAUGGAACAAGUUUCUGAAGUGUAUGCUAGUGUGUAUUUUUCAAUAAUUUCCCAAGUUAAAAUGCAAGGAUAAUGAAUUUAACAUUUUGUCCUUUGCAAAGAAACACUGCCUGACCGAAGAAUGAAACAAACUUGUUACUGUAAUUGAGACUUCAUUGAUGCUACCUGUUAUAUCUAUCCAUGUGGGUUUAAAGGUAACAAACUGACAAUGUAUAUAACACUAGUUUUACUUACUAAUAUGAAUGAAAUGGGAUACUGGAAAAUAGUGUUUUCAUUUUGAAUACAGGAAAUUAAAUCUUUGCCUUUGUGUGGA